GUGAUCGUAUAAGAACGAGAGGGAGAGAGAUGGGAAUAAGAUUACUACAGAUGAUGAAUUUCAAAAGGAUCUCCGCGCAAGAACUCGUUUAAUGUAUUCCUUAAGAACAAACGCUUUCUUUUCCCAUUCUCUACGUCUCAUUGUACAAGCAACGAGGUUCUAUCCGUCUAGAGGCGAGGAGAAGGACGGUGGGAUACGCUAGCGUUCCAUCGACAGAGGAGGCAGAAGGAAGCUGCAGCAUUCCUAGAGCGCGUCCAGGUCCGGUCGUCGAGCGGGAAGCGCAGGUGACAGGUGACAGGAAGAGGUGACGUAAGACGCGGGAGCAGCAUGAAGAAGAGAAGCCUCUCCGGCAACGUCGGCGUCGGCGUGUUCCUGGUCGGCUUCGUCUGCGUGUGCGUUGCCUUCGGGACGCCCGCGUGGCUGGUGAGCGACCCCAGGAUCAUCGGCGCGCAGCUGGACCGGCUCGGGCUCUGGAGGCACUGCUUCAGGUCACUGCCAAAUCCCCAGGAGUCGGACGCGCCCCGGAGAUUCUUCGUCGGCUGCAGAUGGGUCUACGACCCCUUCACCGCGGGCUACUCCGAAAUCCGCGGCUUUCUCUUGCCCCCAUUUAUGAUAGCCACCCAGGUCUUCUUCACGGUAUGCUUUCUGCUGGGUUUAAUAUCAUUCGGUCUGAUACUGCUCUUCACUCUGUGCUGCGAUCCAGAGCGGAAGAGAUACAUUGAACUGAUAAGCACCAUUGGUUGCUUGUGUCUGGCCAGUGGUCUCUGCGGUGGCAUAGCUGUCAUCGUAUUUGCCUGUCUUGGUAAUGCAAAUGGCUGGAUGCCUGGACACGCUAACAACUACUUGGGAUGGUCUUUCGCUCUGGGUGUCAUAGGUAGCGUGCUGACGUUAAUAGCAAGUGGAUUAUUCCUGGUAGAGGCAAACGUACAACGAAAAAAGCGAGAUUAUCUGAAGGAAUCUCAAACGCGAUUUCAACUAGAAUCUCGCGCUUAAUUAAAUGACGAUUGUUCGAUAAUGUGUUCAUGAGAAUUGCGUAUAUAUCUGUAUUAAAAUUUUAAUAUUCAUUCCGUCCAAGAUGCAAAACUAUAGUAGAAGAAUCUCUUUCUGUAGAAUGUACAAAAGCAAAACAUUUAUAUUUUAAGUCUAGACUAAAGUAUAUAAGUUUAAUAUUUUU